AAUAUAUUUACAGCCUCCCCACUCUCUCUCUCUCUCUCUCUCUAGAAUCGAAGAACAUUUCUCCUCCGUCGCUUCUCUCUCUACAGCUCCGGUGAUAACUGCCAGAAGAAGAGAUGGUGAAGGGCCCCGGUCUCUACUCCGACAUCGGCAAAAAAGCCAAAGAUCUUCUCUACAGGGACUACGUCGCCGACCACAAGUUUACCAUCACCACUUACUCCGCCACCGGAGUGGCCAUUACUUCGUCUGGUGUUAAGAAAGGCGAAUUACUUGUAGCUGAUGUCACCACACAGCUGAAGAAUAAAAAUAUCACAACAGACCUUAAAGUGGACACCAAUUCCAAACUUUACACAACAAUCACUGUUGAUGAACCGGCACCAGGGCUGAAGACAAUCAUUAGUUUCGUUGCUCCAGACCAGAAAUCUGGCAAGGUAGAGCUCCAGUACUUGCAUGAGUAUGCUGGAAUCAGUACUAGCAUUGGACUAACUGCCAGUCCCCUUGUCAACUUCUCUGGUGUUGCUGGGAACAAUACUCUUGCCCUCGGGACUGAUGUCUCAUUUGACACUGCCACCGGGAAGUUCACCAAAUACAAUGCUGGAUUGAGUUUCUCUACCUCCGACUUGAUAGCUUCUUUAACAUUGAAUGACAAGGGUGACUCCCUUGCAGCUUCCUACUACCACACCGUACGCCCAUUGACAAAUACAGCUGUUGGUGCAGAGUUGACUCACAGCUUCUCAAGCAAUGAGAAUACUCUUACCAUUGGGACACAACACAAAUUGGAUCCAGCAACCACGGUGAAGGCCAAGGUUAACAACUAUGGCAAGGCACACGCUCUCAUCCAACACGAGUGGCGUCCAAAAUCACUCUUCACCAUCUCCGGUGAAGUGGACACCAGGGCAAUCGAGAAGAGUGCCAAGAUCGGGCUGGCUGUUGCCCUCAAGCCAUGAUUAGUUACACACACUACCAUGUGGGGAAGUUAGUGGAGAUGGUGAUAUUUUGUUUGGUGCAGAGCAAUAAAUUUAGGUAGAACCGUCCUCCAAUUACCUUUUUGUUCACCAAAAAAAAAACCCGAGUUUUAUCUGGCAAUGAUGGUUUUUAUUACAUGAUACUGUAGAAAAUAAUCUUUCAUUCACUGGAAUUAAUGCCAGUGUGAGAACUUCCCAAUUCUUUUUGUUCGAUCCAUCCAUAUGUCACACAAUGGAUUAACAUUGUCAUGAUUUUCUUGACGGAAUUGACAUUUGAAUUACUGUGAUUUUCUUUAAA